ACUGACAGCGUCGUUGGAUUGUAGCCCCGCCCCCUCAGCUGUUGAUGACUUCCGCUUCCGGGUUCUUCUUCGUUCGGCAGCGGAGGAAGAUGGCGGCGGCCCAGUCCGACAGAGACCCGUCCGUCCUGAGCUCCGAGUUCCUGAACUUCUCGGCCAGAGACACCGCGUCGCGAUGGCUGGCAGCAGCCGACCUACAGCAGGAGGUGUACCGUCACCUGGCCAUGUAUGUACCCAGAAUCCUUUGCCUGGGGCCGAGUGGGGGAAGCAGCAGGGAGGAGCAGAGGGAGGAGCAGAGGGAGGACCUGGCCUGUCAGCUGCUCCUCCUGGCUCCUCUGGAGUGGCUCCUGCUGGGUGAGGAACCGGCCACAGGCCUGGUCCUCCUGCAGGAGAACAACCAGCCGUCACCGCUGUGUGGACAUGUGUUCAAGGUGGGAGAGCCCACCUACUCCUGCAGGGAGUGUGCAGCUGAUCCGACUUGUGUUCUGUGCAUGAAGUGUUUCCUGGGCAGCGUUCACAAAGAACAUCGAUACAGGAUGACUACGUCAGGAGGUGGAGGGUUCUGUGACUGUGGAGAUGCUGAAGCCUGGAAGAGAGGACCUUACUGCCAGAACCACACACCUACAGCCAGCAGAGACACCGAGGAGGAUCCUGUCUCUGUACUCCCUGCUGACAUGGUCACUCGUGCUUCCAGCAUCUUCUCCAUCCUGCUGAAGUUCUCUGUGGACAUGCUGACCUGGAACCAGGAGGACCAGCUACCUGCAGGACUGGAGCCUCCGGACAGAGGAGACACCUACUACUGCAUGUUGUUUAAUGACGAAGUCCACACCUAUGAACAGGUGAUCUACACGCUGCAGAAAGCCGUCAACUGCAGCCAGAAAGAAGCCGUCAGCUUCGCCACCACCGUGGACCGAGACGGCAGGAAGUCGGUUCGAUAUGGAGACUUCCAGUUCUGUGACCAGGCGAAGUCUGUAAUAGUGAGGAACACCAGCCGUCAGUCCAAACCCCUCAGGGUCCAGGUGAUGCACUCGUCUGUGGUUGCUCAUCAGUGUUUUGCUCUGAGGGCUCUCAGCUGGUUGGGUCAGAUCAUACAGUACUCUGAUGGCCUGAGGAGGAUCUUGUGUGAGGUCGGCCUGCAGAAAGGUCCAGAAGGAGAGUACUCAUCUCUGGUGGACAAGCUGAUGCUCAACGACUCCAAGAUGUGGAAAGGAGCCAGGAACAUCUACCACCAGCUGCUGAUGAACAGCCUCCUCAUGGACCUCAAAUACAAGAAGCUCUUUGCCAUCCAGUUUGCCAAGAGCUAUGAACGCUUGCAGUGCGACUACGUGAUCGACGACCACGACCGUGAGUUCUCCGUCACUGACCUGUCAGUGCAAAUGUUCACCGUCCCGUCGCUGGCCCGGAUGCUGAUGGUGGAGCAGAACCUGAUGACGACCAUCAUCAGGACGUUUGUAGACCACCUCCGCCACCGAGACUUGCAGGGACGCUUCCAGUUCGAACGCUACACCGCCCAGCAGGCCUUCAAGUUCGGACGGGUCCAGAGCCUCAUCGGAGACCUCAAGUACGUCCUCAUCAGUCAACCCUCUGAGUGGAGCGACCAGCUCAGACUGAAGUUUCUAGAAGGUCUGGAUGCUUUUCUGGAGCUGCUCAAGUGUAUGCAGGGUAUGGACCCGGUGGUGAGACAGGUGGGGCAGCACAUAGAGAUGGAGCCUGAGUGGGAGGCAGCGUUCACUCUGCAGAUGAAACUGACUCACAUCAUCUCCAUGAUCCAGGAGUGGUGCUCCACUGAUGAGCACGUUCUAAUCGAGGCCUACAGGAAGUGUCUGAGCGCGCUCAGUCACUGUCACAACGGCCUUCCAGACGGUGAGCAGCCAAUCAGCUUGAGUGUUGCUGGUCACUGUGUCGAGACGUUCAGGUACCAGGUGUCUCAGGACAAAGUAUCCAUACACCUACCAGUCUGCAGACUGCUGGCAGGUCUCCAUGUUCUCCUCAGCAGGACAGAAGUUGCGUUUCGUUUCCCUGAACAGCUUCCUCUGGUCAGUUACCCGUCUCCCCCCCUCCUGAUCGAAUUGCCCCUCCGUUGUCUGGUGCUCUGUGCCCAGGUGCAUGCUGGGAUGUGGAGAAGGAACGGCUUCUCCCUGAUCAACCAGAUUUAUUAUUAUCACAACGUCAAGUGCCGAGUGGAGAUGUUCGACAAGGACAUCAUCAUGCUGCAGGCCGGGGCGUCCAUGAUGGAUCCAAACCACUUCCUGAUGAUCGUUCUCAGUCGAUUCGAACUUUUUCACAUUUUCAGUUCCGCUGACUGCAGGAAAAGAUACAGAGAAGCUAACAAGGAUGUGGUCCAGCAGAACAACACUCUGAUCGAGGAGAUGCUUCACCUCGUCAUCAUGGUCAUUGGUGAGCGCUACGUGUCAGGUGUCGGCCAGGUGGAGCCCUUCGAUGAGGUCAGAAGAGAAAUCAUCCACCAGCUGUCAAUCAGACCCAUGGCUCACAGCGAGCUGGUGAAGGCUCUGCCAGAGAAUGGGAAUAAGGAGACAGGUCUGGAGAGAGUCAUCGACAGUGUUGCUUCAUUCAAGAAACCAGGUGUGACGGGUCGAGGUCUGUAUGAACUACGUCCUGACUGGAACAAACACUUCAACCUGUACUUUCAUCACUACAGCAGAGCCGACCAGUCCAAGGCUGAGGAGGCUCAGAGGAAGCUGAGGAGACAGAACGGAGAGGACACAGCCUGCCCUCCCCCUCCCCCCUCCCUCUGUCAUCUGUUUGGCAGCCUGGUGAACCUGCUUCAGUGUGACGUGCUGCUGGCUGUAGAGGGCGCCGUGCUGCAGUGGGCCGUGGAGCCAAGUGGGGGGGGCUGGACAGAGUCCAUGCUGCAGAGGGUGCUCCACCUGGUGGGCUUGGCUCUUCUGGAGGAAGAGCAGCAGCUGGAGAGCAGCAGAGAUGAUGACGUCACCUUCAACUACACCUGCAAGAUCACACGUCCAGGUGAAGCUCCCAGUACUUCAGGAAGUGUCCUGGCGCUGUUGGAGAGUCUGCAGAACGCUCCUCACCUGGAGGUUCACAAAGACAUGAUCACCUGGAUCCUCAAGAUGGUUGCAAACAUCAAAACGAUGAGAGAACGAACGUCGUCCACUUUCACCGUCAGCGUCUCCCACAGACGGGGACCCGAAGAGACGGUGCGGGACAAAGACAAGGCGGAGAGGAAGAGGAAGGCGGAGAUGGCUCGUCUCAGGAGGGAGAAGAUCAUGGCUCAGAUGUCUGAGAUGCAGAAACAUUUCAUCAACGAGAACAAAGAACUUUUCCAGCAAAGUCUGGAGGAGCUGGAGGCGUCCACGUCUGCUGCUGCUGCUAAAAACAGUCCUCCCAGUUCGGACUCCACCUGUGUUUCACAGGUUUGUGUCGGUCCUAGGAGAGUGGGUGGAGCCGAGCCGGCCAGCUGCGUCACGACCCUCUGUUCAUGCACCCCGACCUGUCGCUGGGCAUCCACACCGCCAGCUGACACUAUGCACGCCACCUGCCGGGUGAGGCAGAGCGUUGCUCGGUGGGAGAGUCUAUCGGCCACCGGGUAUGCCGACCCAGUCACGCCGGGCGCCCUGUCUUUUGAUACGGAUUUCUCCGCGUACCAUCGCUGUCCCCGCAGCUUUGGGCUGCUUUCCCAGGACAGCGAGAGAGCCUUCAGAGCCGGACUCAACACUGGGCCACGAAGGAGAAGUGCUUCGCGUGUUCGGGAGACCCAGGAGAGUGGAUACUUCUGA